AGCAAUCCUAACCUCAAUUAGUUCUUCGCUUGUUAUUUUUCUGUGUUGUAAACAAAGGGCUGUUUUGUAAAAAUGGAUUUAUCAAACAACGACGAAGAUUUACUGUUGAAUUAUCCGCCCUGUCUUAGGUCUAAUAUAAAAGAGUUAUGUUUAAGAGGAAAAAUAGGAUUGUCUAAUGUAACAGCGAAUGAUUUAGAAAUAGUGCAUAACAAAAUAGCCAACAAAGUGAUACAUAGCUAUCAUUUUAUAAUUAAAGUUCCAUAUGCUGGCAAACGGCUGUCUUGGGAAAUAAUAUUUAAUCCAGAAGAUUACAGCUUUGCUCCCGACUUCGAUUUUAAAGAUGACACUUUUUUGGCCAAUCCUGAUGUUAAAACUAUUAUUGAAAAUGUUCCCUCUCUAAACGAAUGGGAUAUAAAUAACCCGGAGGCGAUCGUUGAUGUUUUAAAAGAGUUUCUUAGUCUGUUUAAAAAAGAACAGUUGGAAAAAAUAAACGUUGAUAACAUGUAUACCAAGGUUAAAGAGGAAUAUGAGGAACUAAUUAAUAAAUGUGAAAUAUCACCUGAUAAUAUUGAAGUUAUUGCUGAAAAUAAUAUAGUGCACCUAUUAAUUGCUUUAAAUAUAGAUUAUGACAAAAUACCACCGUAUAUUCAAUUAGACCCCAGCAAACUUUUGAAUCCUGGGGAAGAUUUUAUACACCUGCGAAUGUCCUACACUGCAAACAGAACAACACCAGCUCUACUAAUUUCCGCGAGAGUUGAGCAAACAUUGGGUCAAUCUAAAAGUUUCCACAUUCCAGAAGUUGCCAAAGACUCGACGAUAAGCGAAUAUUUGGAUAACAUAAAUAACGUUUUGAGCCACAGAAUUAAGUUGAGGGUCAAAGAUUACGAAAAAAGAAAAAUGUUCAUGUGUUAUAUUCUCGCCAUGUCCCCUGAACAUGUUGUGGAUUAUGAUAUCGGUAACUUAAUGAAUUGUAUGGUGAAAUGCACCUUGGAAGGAAACGAUUUUUUGGUUGAAAUAAGUGUUGAUCAACAUUUUCCGCAAAAAAAACCUGCCCUAUGGUUGAUACAUGACUGUGAAAAAGAAGAAUGCAAAGAUCCUAUCAGAAAUUUACAGUGGAAUGCCAAUUUGUCCGUCAAGGAAAUGUUUGAAACUGUUUUGACUUGUCUUAAUGAUGAGUUGCCAAAAGUCAGACCCAAACAUAAACUUUAAUCCCUUUACUUAAUAAGUUACUGUAACAUUAAGCGUUUUAUUAUUCCGUUAAUUAAAGAGCCUUAUAACAUUGUUUGGUUUUAAUUUUUUUUUCGAG